AUGGAAUUCAGUCGCAACAGUGUUUACAACAACGAUUAUGAGGGCAUCGAACGAAACAGCAUCCUUAGAACCUACCCUGGUAAGCGAGGGGUUGGGAUUCCCAAGAUAUGUCGAUGUGGUGGUGACGUUGGUCUUCGCACCACUUAUGAUGGUAGGAAAUUCUUCGAGUGCACCAAUGAUACCAUGGAUGGCCAAGCACACCUUAAAACGUGGUGGGAGGAAGCUAUAACCGAGCAGUUUGAUGAGCUCUAUGGUGAGUUGGACGACAUCAACCCACACAUAGGCGCCAUCGCGAUGGACUGUGAUCGUUUCAAGAAACUUGUUAAUGAGAUUGAAGGGCUUAAGGAAUCGGUAAGUAUACGGGAUAGGGAGGCGGCCAAGGUGGUCAGGAUUGGUGUGGUGUGCGGUGUACUAGAUAAGUUUGCCAAUCUUUCUAACAUCUGA